CGUCCUGGCAACUUUAUCCUACCUUCCGAUACCAAAACGACAUUUCAUGUAUCUACCUUCAUGCCUUGCUGUUUGUUUUCUGAUCACGCCACUGAGAAACACGACCACCCCAAGUCCGACUGCUUCAUGAAGAUGCUGCAGGGCGAUGUCAAGGAGACACUCUUCGACUGGCCCAAACAGGACGGAUGCAAGAUGACUGAGAGGUUUCACACAACCCUGAAGGAAAACAAGGUUUCCUUCAUGGACGACUCCAUUGGCUUGCACUGUGUGGAAAAUGUCAGCGACACCAAGCGUGCAGUCAGUUUGCACAUUUACAUCCCUCCAAUUGAUUAUUGUGACAUCUUUGACAAGCUCACCGGCCACAGGUCAUCAAUCAAAAUGGAGUACGAUAGCAGAUAUGGAGUGAGGGUUUAAUCUCACAACAGCAGCAAAGGAGAACAACUAAUGCUUUCCAACAGAGAAUCUGUAGUUUUGCUUUUAAAAGGCUUUAUUUCUAGUAAUUGUGGGUUUUUAACUACGCAAAUUAGAAAAUGGAUGGAUGGAAAAUGUUGCAAUAUCCGGGGCUGCAGGUUAGUUCUAAACGACAUCUCGUUAAGUAAGAAGGCUUUAUAACUGCUUUAUAACUUCUUAAAUGAUAUAAUCCAUGGACAUGUUCCUUGGAUGGAUGGUGAUCCAAAUUUCCCUCACAGUUAAGCACUUUUUAUUUGUCUUACUGGUAAUCAAUUUCACUCAAAAUUACCUUAGUAUCUGUUUUAUUUGUGACUAAAUUCACAAAGUGAAGGAGUCUAAUUGAAGAGAGUAGCACGGUAGCACAAACAAAAAAUGAAGGUUUUAUUUCUGUGGUGUAAUGAAGAAAUGAAUAA